UUAUUACACCGGAUGCUACUUAUCACCUGUAGGAAACUUUUUUUUUUCUGCUGUUCUCUCUGUUUCGCUUAUCUUGGGUGUGUUUGGUAGUUUUGUGGCGUGUGCGGUGUCGGUAGCCUUGAUGUUUGUGUGUGCGAGGAAUUCAGUGAAAAAGUGACAUGGGCCAACACUGCUGCUGCUGCUCCAGUCACAAGGAAGAGACUCAGGAAGAAGAAACAGAGCAAAGCCAGGAGAGUGAGCCUAAGAAUUACACAGUGGUGGACUACGUGUUGGCUCAUCAUCCCUACCGAGCCAACGGGACCAACGAGCUCAGCUUCACCCAAGGAGACAAGCUAGAAGUGCUCAACAAAGAUGACGAGGACUGGUGGCUGGCCAGGCAUCCCGGAACUACAUCCAUUGGCUACAUCCCCGUGCCGUACGUGGCGCUCACCUCCUCCCUUGAGUCACACGAAUGGUACUAUGGUGACAUUCCACGCGUGGAAGCUGAACAAAUCCUCAUGAGUCAGUUUAAUUUGCCUGGCGCCUUCCUCAUACGCAACUCUUCCAAACACGAUACAUACUGCUUGAGUAUUAAGACUUUCGACAAAGAUGGCACCACUGUUCGCAUCAAACACUUCAGCAUUCCCAAGAGUGGUGAUUACUUUGUAUUUAUGGAUCGGUACUUCCUUACACUCAACGAUCUAGUUGAUUUCUUCAUCAUGGAAUCAGAAGUUGGACUGUCCCCUUCCAUGGCCAAACAUCCGUGCGUACGGCCCGCGCCCACCAUGCAGGACAUAUCCAUGGAGAAUAAGGACCGGUGGGAGAUGCCCAGGGAAGAGUUGGAUUUUGUUAUGAAGAUUGGCAAUGGCUCCUUUGGCGAAGUGUGGCUUGGGAAGUGGAACGGCAAUGUUGACGUAGCCAUCAAGACAAUGAGAGAUGGCAGGAUGAAAGCAGCAGACUUCCUGGAGGAAGCCAAGGUGAUGAAAGGUCUGCGCCACCCAAACAUCCUAGCACUGUACGCAGUGUGCACCAAGGAGGAGCCGCUGCUCAUCGUCACGGAGUUCAUGCCCCACGGAGCCUUGCUGGACUUGCUGAGAAAGGAAGAGAUGAGCCUGCAGCUGCAGCUGUACAUUGCUACACAGACAGCUGCUGCAAUGAAGUAUCUCGAGAAGAGAAUGUUGAUUCACCGAGACUUAGCAGCAAGGAACAUCUUGGUGGGCCCGUGUUACGUGUGCAAGGUGGCAGACUUUGGUCUCUCCAAACUGUAUGAGGAUGCGAUCUAUGACAAGAAAGUAUCCAAGGGAAAGCUGCCCAUCAAAUGGACGGCGCCGGAAGCACUGCUGCUGCAAAAGUACAGCAGCAAGUCAGAUAUCUGGUCUUUUGGGGUGAUGCUUAUGGAAAUUAUUACCCAUGGUGCAGUACCAUACCCAGGCUAUUCCAACCAGCAGGUGAUAGAAGUAGUGUUGCAAGGCUACCGCAUGCCCCCGCCCUGCCACUGCCCAGACAAGCUGUAUGAACUCAUCUUAAAGUGCUGGGAUAAAGAAGCUGAACAAAGACCCACCUUUUACUUCAUCCACGACUACCUGGAAAACUUUGAUGUACAGGCUGAGAACUCUUAUUAUGAUAGUAACCGAUUAUAGCUCUCUCUCCCUCUUUUACAUAUAUAUAUAUAUAUA